UACUUCCGUAGCCCUGGAUGGAGUACGUCGCGCCCGGGUGCUAAUAUUUAGCUAAUGCUAAUGUUGGAACCAGCCGUUUUAAAUGCGAAAAAACGAAUUAAAAUUGAGUUCCAACUGCUGAAAUUACGUUACGCUAAGGAUUUUCACCAGCAAUUACGCUAAGGAUACUGAUAUAGAGGAGAGUUCAACUCAAGUGCGACUCACAACAUAACAACGAGUGGAGAUGAAGCCUGUCGUGCUGCUGCUACUGCUGCUCGCUGUGGUCCGAGCUCAGCUCCAAGUGUCCUAUCUGGACCUGACCAGCAGUUUCUGGAGCAUCGUCCCGGGUCUGAGCCGACCGGCAAAUCACAGCCGUAUCUUCUACGCGGUGAUGUUUGACGCUGGAAGCACGGGGACACGCAUCCACGUCUACACCUUCAUCCGCAGUGAUUCAGGGAAGCUGCCUGUUUUGGACAAUGAGGUGUUUCAUUCUCUGAAGCCGGGUCUGUCUGCGUAUGCAAACUACCCAAAAAUGGCUGGACAGGCCGUGAGGAUGCUGCUGAAGGUGGCCAGGAAGGUGAUUCCACGUCUGGAGUGGAAGCAGACCCCUGUGGUCCUCAGAGCCACAGCUGGUCUCCGACUGCUGCCUGAGGAAAAAGCCCAGACUCUUCUAGACCAGGUCCGGCACGUGUUUGCUGAGUGUCCGUUCCUGGUCCCGGACAACAGCGUCAGCAUCAUGAACGGCACCGACGAAGGGAUCCUGGCGUGGGUUGCUUUGAACUUCCUGACAGGUCACCUGGAUGAGCCAACCGAGGCAAUGGUGGGAAUCCUGGAUUUGGGAGGAGGAUCCACUCAGAUCACCUUCCUGCCUAAAAUGAAAGAAACCAUUGAGAGUGUUCCACUGGAGGAUUACAUCAGCAGAUUUGAGGUCUUCAACAGGUCCUACCAAUUGUACACUCACAGUUAUCUGGGCAGUGGGCUGAUGGCCGCCCGCCUGGCCGUGCUGGGAGCAGAAGGGACGAAGGUGCAGGUGCUCACCAGCACUUGUCUGCCCAAGGGCUUCCAGGAAGAUUGGAGCUUUGGAGGGACUCACUAUCAAGUGGCUGGAGACCCACGUGGUCAAACAGGAUUUAAACUUUGCUACCAGGAAGUGUCACAGGUGGUGAAGGGGAGUUUCCACCAACCACAGGAAGUCCAGAACAACAGCGAGGUCUUCUACGCAUUCUCUUACUAUUAUGACCGAGCGGUGGAUGCAGGUCUGAUAGAUGGGCUCAGUGGUGGAACCCUGGAGGUCCGAGACUUCAGGAGGAGAGCGAAAGAAGUGUGUAACAAGAUGGCCGACUCCAGGCAGCCCUUCCUGUGUCUGGACCUGACCUACAUCAGCAGUUUGCUCCGGGAUGGGUUCGGCUUCCAGGACACGUCCAAGCUGCAGCUGACCAAGAAAGUGAGGAGCGUGGAGGCCAGCUGGGCUCUGGGCGCCGUCCUGAAGCACGUCCACAACCUGAAGGUCCAGUGAGGAGCACGCUCGCCCGCUCUCAUGAGUAAUGGAGUCUCCCUCUUCCAGUCAAAAGAAGCAGCUAAUGAGCAAGGCGGUAGUGACUCACCAGCGAGUGAGUCACUACCGUCACUGCGUUGUAUCAACCUCUCCGGCCUGAAUCUUCUCUGAUAACACUUUUGUACGCAAGACCUUUCCUGGACAUGUUUCUAAACCCACGUUCGUCUUUGGGACCAUUGGUAGAGCCUCUAUAGUCAACAGUUCAGUACAUAUCUACACAAGUGACCUGCCCGCGGUGCAGGGGGUCACAGCAGCGCCACCACGUCCUCCCCGUACGUGGGGUCUUCUGUUGCCAUGGAUACCAACUCAUGAGGCUGCGAGAGAACCACUGAGUCUGCAGAGUCUGAGGUGAAGAGAGAGAGAGAGAGCACAUGCCACAUACUUUGACUCCGAGCAGAGGAAGUGUUUGACCUUGAGUUUCUGCUGCUUCACCUGGUUUUGCCUUUCGGGUUUGAUGCUGACAGGCCAAUUAAAAAUGUGAAGGGCGAGCAGAGACCCUCUGACUUGUGUGUUAAAGCAACACAACGACUUGAUGACUCGUGUAGCGAGUCGCUCUGACGUGUCUGCAGGCUCUCUGUACUGGUCGUGGCGUUUGCCACGUCAUUACAAAGUCCAUUUUGUCGUUGACCUUCACCACUAAGAAAAGUUCCUGGAGAAGUUACCUGGCGACGUGAGCAUGGCGUGAUGAAGAUCGAUUGGCUCCACCGCCGUCGCCAUGGCAACCAUGCUGUCUCCGUUCUCUCCGUCAGCCUCCAGCAAGCUGCUUUGUGUGAGUGCUUCCCCUGUGCCACAAACAGCAGAGAUAAAGUUGUGGUGACUGGAGGCCGACGACCCGUCUCCUGCCUGGACACCUGCUGUAGCUGGCUUCGUCCAGGUUUGAAGCCACCAUUCAGUCAGUCAGUCAGCCAACUCAUGGUAAAUAUCACACGUCUUUUCUGCUGGAGCCUCCGUGGGAGGGUGACCCAAAUAAAUCUGUGCGUAAUGGGAGUUUUGCUCGUCUGGUGAAGCUGUGGCACAGCGAGGGGCGGGUCUGGCUGCUGACACGUGGACACGCUAACAAGUCACAAGUCACUGCCUGAGACGUCACAGGGAGCGGAUGGAUCCUGGAGGUGAGUCACUCACUCAAACACAGCGACUGAACCCGCCUGACAUCCGCACUUGAACCCGGUCGCGGCCCUUUAAGAAUAUCAAUGCUGACGAUACAUUUUUAACAAAAAAAACUAUCAAUUAUUCAAGUCCUCUCUCGAAAUCAAACCUAAACCAGCCGCUGAUUUAUGCACAUUUUUAAAUGUAGAAUCAGCUCCCAGCAAUAAACGCCAGACAUUAGCAUACUGUGUGUGUGUGUGUGAGAAAGAGAGAGAAGACGAACCCGUUUCUCUUCCUUCGCUGGCAUGGCCUUCGUCUCCGUGUCUCUUCCUCAUGUGGACGUUUCUGCUGCCAGACUGGGAGAACGUCUUCCCACAGAUCCCGCAGUGGUGAGGCUUCUCACCUGGGACACACACACACCUCGUGAGGGAGUCAGCAAGGACUCUGAAGCCCACUUGUGUCACUAACUGGCUCUCCCCAAUUAUGACGACAUCAGCAGUUUUUGAAGCAAGAUCCAGGUAAGAAUGAGUUUUCAAUGAAGCCAUCCGCCACAUCUGCCAAGCCAAGGCUGAACUAAAAUGCUACACAAAGUAGCUGAAGACCAACUCCCAGAUUGCCUCACACCUGUCUAUCAAGGAAGUAACACAGGAAGCAAGGUGUGUUCAAGAGACUGCAACGCUGGAUGAGAAACCCGACAUGCUCCAUGAAUGUGUUGACAAGGACAGGAAUAAAGUCUCUCGUGUUGCACCACAGAGGUGUGACCCAGGUGCUAACAAUGCUAAUAUGCUUCAAAGUCUUACAAAACUCAACACCCCCACUAUCAACUUCUAAAGCCGUGUUCUGAGACAGCCUUGUUGCCGACAACGUGUGGCUGAAUGGAACUCUGACUCUCUCCAGAGGUUUGAAUCCCGGCCUCUCCACUCACCCGAGUGCACCAGUGUGUGCUUCCGGAGGCUGGAAUACUCGGCGAAGGAGCGACCGCAGCCGUCCGCCUCACAGAGGAACGGCUUCUCUCCUGGAGCACAAAUACGUGGAGCCACCAUUGAUACUUCUGCGUCUCACAGCAGGGGUUGCUCAGACUAACAUCUAGUCACCUGCUCCUCACCUGUGUGGAUGCGUCGGUGGUUCUUCAAGUUCCCAGCCGUGGUGAACUUCUUGCCACAGUUCUUCUCCUUGCACAUGAAGGGCUUCUCGCCGUUGUGCGUCCUCAUGUGAACCUGCAGCCUCUGCAGCACGUAGAAGCUCUUCCCGCAGCCUUCAGCGCCGCAGCGGAACAUUCGGUCAUUUCUAUGGAGAGAAACAGACUGCACGGUUCACUGAGGGUGGCGUGCCACAAGGUCAGUCAGGGGUAGACCGCGAAUAGAUUUACUUCAGCUAGGGUGACGGAGCGGCUCCACCGCUCACUCGCUAGCAAGUCUUGACCCAGUUCUGGGCGGCUCCCGCACACAGCAGCGGAACCUGUCAGAGGCCGCGGGUGGCUCCACCACAACGGCUCUGCCUCGGCCAGAUAGUCACCAGCAGACAGUCCCUCUGCAUUUCUUGCUUGUGCUUCAGAGAACACUUUGUUGCUGAAGGGAUUGAAGCCCUGGUCUGCUGGGCUUCAUGUCCCCACAUAAAGGUCACGUCCAGGUCGCACCUCAGUGUCGAUGACGUCUCGACAGAUGAAGCACAUCACUCUAACUCCCACAGAGGCAUCAACUCUGUUGUCACCAGGAUAAAACAGUUUCCUGCCCCUGCAGUGUCGCUUCAUUAAUCUGCUAACAGGGUUGAGUUAUUAACUGACUUAGACGUCACGCCAAACAGUCUGCUCGAAGGAAGGAAGGAAGCGGAGGAAUUUUAAUGUAUUGUUACGCAAGAGAGUCAAGGUCAGCCAUGAGUCAUGUCAGUGCUGGAGACUGUCUCUCUCUGAAUGACGCAGGAGGGGCUACAUUCAAUGUCUGUCUGGUGCAGGUGGCGUCUCAUUUGUAACUUUGUUUUCUAGGUUGGAGAAAAAGUCACCAACAAGACUUUCGUCUGCCUGCCAACCUUCACUCCAGCGCUCACCUGUGGGUCUUCAGAUGGUACUUGAGGUGCGCCGGCCAGGUGAAGGUCCGGCAGCAGCCCUCGAAGGAGCAGCGGAGGAUCUGCUUGGACAGCGGGUGGUUCGUCCUGGAUGGCGGCUCGCGCUUGUCCUCCUCGGAUGGCAAAGCGUGGUCGCCUAGGCAACGGGGAGAGGCAAGUGAGAACAGUGGAGGAGUGCCACGUGGUCGGAGUCUGGAGUCCCACUGCAUAAAAGCUUAUCACUGAGCGGACGCGCCGCGGCCAGAGGAAAACAACCUGCUGCUGCCUGCAAUCACUUCCUUUUAACCAGCUGCAGCAGCGGGCCGCAUGAAAGUCACUCCCCGCUGCUGCUGGAACACAGAAUCAUCUCGUCUGAGUCGGCAGGAGGUCGGCCGCCGCGCUGCUGAUCACUUCCUCUGAACACUGGGCGCCAGCUUGGAGCCUGUGUGCGACACACCUCCAAGCUCGCUCGUGCACU